AUGGGUAAACCAGAAGCCCCUCCCGCAUACACAAACACCACUAUCCCUGAAACCGAGUAUACUCAGCGACCUCCAGUUGUAGGAGAUGAACCUGUCUAUUUCGAAGAUGCUGCUCCUCGAGGCUGGUCAGUGACCAUCAACAACCGACUUUGGACAGAUGGGUUUAGGAUCUUUGUUAGUAAGGAUGCCGCAGAGAAAUUCGAUGCUUUCAAGAACAACCAGAAUAUGCACGUCGUUGACCUACAGCGUAAAGGGAUUGGCAUACCUUUGUUCAAAGCCGUCAAUCACAUAAAUCCGGUGACGACAAAAUUUCUAACGUUUAGAAGGUAUGUCCCCAACCAAACCGGCAAAUUUGACAUUGACAAAGAUUUCUACAUUUAUUGUCAAGUGAGGAAGAAAUACCAUGUAGGGUACAAUACCUAUGUUUUCGAUUUCACCCCUGACCUGCUUUCUUCCAAGGCUAAUUUUCAGAUUGUAAUGUUUGCUCAUUCUACAUUGCCUAUUUGUGAUUACGUCUAUAAAGGGGAGGUGCAUAGAUGGAUAGAUGAAAGUUAUCGAACGAAGUUUAAAACGUACUUUCAAGUAAAAUUUGGAUACAAACAUUCCAUACUAAGACGGGGACAACCUUCUUUGGUGGACAGUUGGGAUGGACGCACAGACAAGUUGGAUAAGGAAAAGACAAAUCCGUAUUUGAAAUCCCUUUUCAAAAUGAAGCUUAAUCCGAAAGCAAGAUUGCCCAAGCCAGAAUACUACGGUGAGCGGUGUACUGCCAUAUUAGGAGAAGCCGAAUCUUACUUCAAAUUAGGGUAUGGUGAGGUAAAGAUAGACGACUUGUAUAAUCCCGACCCCAAUGUUGACUACGAAAGUGUUCUUUCAAUGCAUCAAGAUGCAUUGGUACUUGUCUGUGUUGCCACUGUUUUGAAAAGACAAAAGGAUAUCGAAGAGGAUGCAAGAAGAAGCUCUCAGUAA